UUUGCCUUCGUUUCAGUACCCAGUUAGCCCUAAAAACAAAAAAAAAUAAUUAAAAAAAAAAAAAAGAUUAUGGGUGGUAACGACAACAAUACUAACAAUAAUAAGAAGAGGAAGAACCAUUACCGUCCCAAUAACAAAAGUGUGAAGAAGAAAGGUUCGUACCCAUUGAAGCCUGGAGUUGAAGGUUUCUUCAUUACUUGUGAUGGCGGUCGAGAGCGUCAGGCCUCUCAAGAAGCUGUUCAAGUUAUUGAUUCUUUUUUGGAAGAGCUAAUCGAGGGACAUGAAUCAGAUGUGACACACUCAGUGAUCCCUAAUAAACCCAUAAAUAAAAAGAUAAAGUUCACUUAUUCUGAUUCUGAAGAAGAUGAUGACCAUGAUUAUGAGAACAUUGAAAAGGACCAAGUCCUAGUAGCUUCUGAUAAGCCGAGUGAUGCAAAUAAUGAAAGUUCUGCUCACAAUGGUGAUGUAGUUGGUUCUGAGAACCAGUCAGAUGAGAAAGAAAAAGUUUGUAAAAAUGGUGAUGAAAAUCAUGAAAAUGAAAACUUUGAAGAUGAUAGGCAACCAGAAAAGAAACAACGCCUAGAAAAAGAUGAGCCUAAACUUGAGGAAGUCAUAAAGAUCAAGGUGGAGGAAAAGUCUGUGGACAGGUUAAUUGAGGCUGAACUUGAAGAGUUGAAAGACAAAAGCAAGAGGCGUUUCAGCUACCUGGAUUCUGGGUGCAAUGGUGUAGUCUUUGUUCAAAUGCGGAAGAGAGAUAAAGAUCCAACACCUAAAGAAAUUGCCCAGCGUAUGAUAACCUCUGCUGCCGCAACAAGAAAACACAUGGCCAGGUUUAUUUUAAGAGUGCUGCCUAUUGAAGUCACGUGCUAUGCAUCAGAAGAAGAAAUUUCUAGAGCAAUUAAACCUUUAAUUGCCCAGUACUUCCCUACGGAACCAGAAACGCCAUCUAAGUUUGCAGUGCUAUGUGAGGCCCGUGCAAACAGUGGCCUUGAUAGAAUGAAAAUUAUCAAUGCAGUUGCAAAAUCUGUUCCAGAACCUCACAAAGUUGAUCUCACUAAUCCUGAAAAGACUAUUGUGGUCCAAAUUGCCAAGACUGUUUGUUGCGUCGGUGUAGUUGAGAAGUACAAGGAAUUGGCUAAAUAUAAUUUGAGGCAGUUGACAUCACCAAAACAGUAGAAGGAGCCUUCGGGUUUUUGUUUUUCCUUUUAUUAUAGUUAUAAUGUUAAAGUUGCUUGGAUAAAGUGUCUGGGAUAUGUUUGGCGUAAUGUAUUAGCAAAGGCUGUUUUGUGUUAUGGUGAAUGGAAACCUCUUAAUGACCGGAAAAAACCUGGACAAAUGUCUUACCUUUUCUGCAGUUUAAUCGAAAACAUAUAUGUCUUCAAUUAAA